AUGGUCGUCUCCAUAGCCCAGGUCUCGACGGGACUCGCUAGUCUGCCAGGCAGGCCCGCUGGCCAACAGAACGAUGCUCACGACGAACACGAGUCCGAAGAGAAGAUCAAGGUUGGAGACGAUGAGAACGAUGAAGAUGUAGCUGGCCUGGUCCGGAAGUUCACGGCGGAAUCUGCUCGACUUGGAACGGGAGACCCGUUCGAAGCAGCUCCCGGGAGUGAAUUGGAUCCAAGUUCGCCAUCUUUCAAUGUCAGGAAGUGGACUAAGGCCUUCUACAACGUCACCUCAGAAUCAUCGCCCCGAAGGACUGCUGGUCUAUCGUUCCAGAACCUCAAUGUGUUUGGCUACGGCAGCGAGACCGAUUAUCAAGCAACCGUCGUCAACACAAUCCUAAAAUUGGGUAGUAACAUACCCCGGCUCUUUGGCGCCCGACAGAGGAGAAUUGAUAUCCUGCAUAAUAUCGAGGGCGUAUUACGAUCUGGCGAGAUGCUUUGCGUACUUGGGCCUCCAGGCUCAGGCUGCUCGACCCUUCUCAAGACAUUGGCAGGCGAGACCUACGGAUUCAAUGUCACCGAGGAAUCUCAGGUGAACUACCAAGGUAUCGAUUCGAAGACUAUGCACACUGCCUUUCGUGGAGAAGCAAUCUACACUGCAGAAGUGGACCACCACUUCCCUCUGCUAACCGUCGCGGACACCCUCUUCUUCGCAGCGAUGGCCAGAACACCCUACUCAAUUGGUAUGGAUCGCACAAGAUACGCCUCACAUUUGCGAGACGUCAUCAUGGCAAUGUUCGGCAUCAGCCAUACUAAAGACACCAAAGUUGGCAACGACUUCGUACGGGGAGUCUCCGGAGGAGAACGGAAGCGAGUCACCAUUUCAGAGGCUACUCUUAGUAACGCACCUCUCCAAAUGUGGGACAACAGCACAAGAGGAUUGGACAGUGCCAAUGCCGUUGAAUUUUGCAAGACUUUGCGGAUGCAAGGCGAUGUAUUUGGCUGCACGUCCGCAGUAGCCAUCUACCAGGCGCCCCAAGCUGCUUACGACGUCUUUGAUAAAGUCACUGUGCUUUACGAAGGCCGACAAAUCUACUUUGGACCUGCAGAAGAGGCAAAGGCGUUCUUCGAGCAUAUGGGCUUCACCUGUCCAGAAGGCCAGACGACACCGGAUUUCCUGACCUCCCUUACGAACCCAGUCGAGAGAGUCGUAACUCCUGGAUUCGAGGCUUCGGUGCCUCGCACGCCUGAUGAAUUUGCAAACAGGUGGCUGCAGAGUCAGGAGCGUCGCCGGCUUCAGGACGAGGUAGCAGCUUUCAACCUUGAGUACCCAUUCGGCGGCGAGCAUUACGAGAGGUUCCACCUGCUGAGGAAGCAGGAAAAGUCCAAGCAUCAAAGGACGGCGUCUCCAUACACCCUCUCCUACUAUCGACAAAUCUUGCUCUGCAUGUGGAGACAGUGGAAAGACUUCAAAGCCAACCCGGUCGUGACUGCGUUCAUCCUGGUGAUCAAUUUCAUCGAGGCGCUGAUCGUCGCAAGUAUCUUCUACAACCUCAACCAGACGACUUCGAGCUUCUUCAGCCGCGGCGCUGUGCUCUUCAUGCUGGUUCUUUUGAACGCAUUUGGCAGCAUUCUCGAGAUCAUCACACUCUAUUCGAAGCGGCCGAUUGUGGAGAAGCAUAAGAGAUAUGCGCUGAUACACCCUAGCGCAGAGGCUCUCUCGUCUAUCAUCACCAACUUGCCCUUCAAGAUCGUCAACGCCAUUCUCGUUAAUACCACACUCUACUUCAUGACGAACCUUCGACGAGCGCCAGGACCGUACUUCUUCUUUCUGCUUGUCUCGUUUGUGUUGCUCAUGGCGAUGUCGAUGUUCUUCAGAGUCGUCGCCUCAUUGACGAAGUCAAUCGACCAGGCAAUGGCUCCAGCAUCUGUCCUUCUACUCGGUCUGACCAUGUACGCUGGGUUUGCAAUUCCGGUCCAGUACAUGCGUGGCUGGGCCUCCUGGAUGCGAUGGAUCAAUCCCGUCUUUUACGGCUUCGAGAGUGUCAUUCUCAACGAAUUCCACGGACGUGAGUUUGCUUGUGCCAGUUUCGUUCCGGAAGGACCUGGCUACGAAAAUAUUCUCGGGACAGAGCGAAUCUGUAGCACGAAAGGGUCGGAGCCUGGAGCUGCCUUCGUGAGUGGGACACGCUUUGCUCAGGUUUCGUAUGGAUACGUCAACAGCCAUCGCUGGCGCAAUUUCGGCAUUCUACUUGGAUUCGCUUUUGGCCUGGCAAUCAUACACCUUGUUGUGACAGAGCUUGUGGCAGCAAAACGCUCCAAAGGCGAGGUCCUUGUCUUCAAACGAGGCCGACUCGCACAGGCGCACGCUCGACAGGUACAGCCAGACGAGGAGAAAGCCACCCUACCUGCUGCGCGCAGCGAGAAGCUGGACAGCGACGUUACGUCUGAGGUAUCUGGCAUCCAGAAACAGACAUCGAUCUUUCACUGGCAGAACGUGUCCUAUGAGGUCAAAGUCAAAGGCCAACCACGAACGAUCCUCGAUCAUGUGGACGGGUGGGUCAAGCCUGGCACUCUGACAGCUCUUAUGGGCGUUUCCGGCGCCGGCAAGACCACCCUUCUAGACGUGCUUGCCUCACGAACGACUACUGGUGUGAUCACUGGGGACAUGCUGGUCGACGGACGUCAACGCGAUACUUCCUUCCAACGCAAAACAGGAUAUGCUCAGCAAUCGGAUUUGCACCUUCACACUUCCACUGUGAGAGAAGCACUUCAAUUCAGCGCCCUGCUUAGACAACCGGAGCAGUACACUCGCAAGGAGAAGUUGGACUAUGUCAACACCGUUAUCGAUCUCCUCAACAUGGAGACAUAUGCAGAUGCUGUCGUCGGCGUUCCCGGCGAAGGGCUCAAUGUUGAGCAGCGGAAGAGACUCACGAUUGGCGUGGAGCUGGUCGCUCGUCCAUCGCUACUCCUGUUCUUGGAUGAACCCACAUCCGGCCUCGACAGUCAAACUUCCUGGUCUAUUUGCAACCUCAUGGAGAAGCUAUCUAAGAACGGGCAAGCAAUCCUCUGCACAAUCCAUCAACCCUCAGCCAUCUUGUUCCAACGAUUUGAUCGUCUACUUCUUCUGGCCAAAGGUGGCCGAACAGUCUAUUUCGGCGAGAUCGGUCGCAACUCGCGAACAUUGGUCGAUUACUUCGUCCGCAAUGGAGCACCAGAUUGUCCACCACAUAUCAAUCCUGCGGAGUACAUGCUAGAAACGAUUGGCGCGGCUCCUGGUGCUCACACCGAGAUUGACUGGCCUGCGACGUGGAAACAGAGCCCCGAAUAUGCUCAAGUACAAGGGGAAUUAUCAACAUUAAGAGCCCUGCAACACACCAAGCCUGCCGCCGAUGAUGGAUCCAAUUACACCGAGUUUGCUGCUACUUUCCGCGAGCAGAUGCUGCAGGCCACCAAGCGGACAUUCCAGCAGUACUACCGAACGCCCUCGUACAUUUACUCGAAGGCACUGCUCUGUAUCGUGUCGUCGAUGUUCAUCGGCUUCUCCUUCUUCAAAUCCGAAAACACUCAACAGGGCUUGCAGAACCAGAUGUUUGGUGUCUUCAUCUUUCUGUUCGUCCUCAUUCAACUUAUCUUCCAGAUCAUCCCGGUCUUCGUAGUUCAGCGCACACUAUACGAAGUUCGGGAACGACAAUCUAGAACGUACCACUGGGCUGCCUUCGUGGUUUCCAAUAUCGCUGCUGAGCUCGCCUGGAACACGGGAAUGGCUACUUUCAGCUUUCUGGUGUGGUACUAUCCAAUGGGUCUCUACAGAAAUGCUGAAUUCACCGGCGCUGUGCAUUCUCGCGGUAUCCUAACCGUCUUGAUCCUUUGGACGGCCUUCUUGUUCUCAAGCACCUUUGCACAGAUGCUCAUCGCCGCGUUGGGAUCUGCCGAAGAAGCUUCGGGACUGGCUACGCUCAUGAGCAUUAUGCUAUACGCCUUCUGUGGAAUUCUCGUUGGUCCACAGGCGCUACCGGGUUUCUGGAUCUUCAUGUACCGCGUGAAUCCAUUCACAUAUUUGGUAGACGGCUUCCUCGCAACGACGCUGGGCAACGCACCUGUCAAUUGCGCUGCCGACGAGUUCCUGCGCUUCGACGCCCCUGCGAAUCAGACAUGUGGCGACUACAUGCAACCCUACAUCGAGGGGAACGGUGGCCGUCUGAUCAAUCCUGGAGCUUCAGGUACCGAUCAGUGCCAGUACUGCGCGUUGGCCAACACGAAUGAGUUCUUAUCGAAUAUCAAUGCGGAUUUUGGCCGACGAUGGAGGAACUUUGGCUUGAUGUGGGCAUAUAUUGUCUUCAACCUCGCCAUGACAUUGUUCCUGUACUGGGCUUUCAGGGUGCCGAAGAAGAGCAAGGCUAAGAAGCAAUGA